GCCAGGGGGAGGUUUUGGGUGGAAGCUGUACCCUGCUGAGCUGCUCUGGCGCCGAGCCCUGCCUUUGGAACACGGGAGUCCUCGUGUGCCACCCAGCUGUCGCUGGCCUGGAGUCAGAUAAGCGGAGUGGCAUUUCUCGAUGGUUACAUCCAUCCCUGGAAGUACCGACGCAGCGCAGCCCUACUGAUAGUGUUCAGAAAGUGGGGGCAGGUGGGGUGGUGUCACCCCAUGCUCGGGGUACACAGAGGGAUCUGCUUCAGUGCCCCCCAGUCCGAGGAGUGGUACUCAGCCACAGGAACCCCAGUGCCAGAGAGCUGCUCUGGGGAAAUGGCCGUUUCCUGCUAUGAAUUACAGGUAAUUGGAUCUGAAGCUAAAUUAACUUUGUAAUAAACACAAGAUUAGUAAUGUAAGUGCUCGGUACUUGAUCUCAAAUUAUUUUACUUGGCUUUCUCAGCGCGCUUGGAUGGAGUUGUCAUGGUAAAAAUGCUGAGGUCUCAAAGAGAAUGAGCGCUGCAGAAAAAGCUGAACAGUCAUUGCCCCUCUGUUGUUGGGUUAAUUAACAGAAGGCCGUGGGGUUUUUUUCCCUUCCAGGAGACAGACGAGCUGUAUAUUGUUUCACAGUUCUUCGUAGAAGAAUGGAGGAAAUUUGUCAGGAGGCCGACGCGGUGCAGCCCCGUUUCCUCGCUGGGGAACAGUGCUCUGCUCUGCCCCCACGGGGGCCUCAUGUUCAGCUAUGCUUCCAUGACCAAAGAAGACUCCAAGCUUAUAGCUCUAAUAUGGCCCAGCGAGUGGGAGAGGAUUCAAAAGCUCUUUGUGGUGGAUCACGUCAUCAAAAUCACCCGCACACAAGUAGCCGGGGAGCCCGAGAGCGCGCUGUACAGCUCCGAGCCCCAACUGUGUCCAGAGUGCAGAGAAGGGCUGUUGUGCCAGCAGCAGCGGGACUUACGCGAGUACACCCAAGCGACCAUCUACAUCCAUAAAGUGGUGGAUAAUAAAAAGGUAAUGAAGGAUGCUGCUCCGGAGCUGAACGUGAGCAGCUCAGAAGCUGAAGAGGAAAGGGAGGAAAACAAGCCAGAGGGGGAGCAAGACCCAGAUUUUAACCAGCAGGGCAUCCGGCGGAGCACCCGGCACCGGAAGGUCAGGGAGGAGAAAGCACUGGUUGUUUCUGCUAACCAAACAUUGAAAGAGCUGAAAAUACAGAUCAUGCAUGCAUUUUCAGUUGCUCCCUUCGACCAGAACUUGUCCAUCAAUGGGAAGAUCCUGAGCGACGACACAGCGACGCUCGGCAGCCUGGGCGUCAUCCCCGAGUCCAUCAUCCUGCUCAAGGCUGAUGAGCCAAUUGCGGAUUAUGAGGCGAUGGACGAUGUGAUGCAAGUUUGUACGCCUGAAGAAGGAUUUAAAGGUGAGAGUCUUCCCCCUCCCCUUUUACUGAAGCCCAUGCUGACUUCAGCUCCGCCUCGCCAGCGCUGUAACUGUCGGCUGGUUGUCUCCUUGCUCCCAGGGACUGGCUUACUCGGACACUGAUGGCUUUACAAGCACUGGCAGACCAGAAGAGAAAAGGAUUUGACAUGGUAGGGCAUUUAGAGAGAAGGUGGAUAUGGGACUGAACUCUUGACUCUUCCAGAAGGCAGAAUCCCAUUCUGAAAUGACUGCCCCCAAAAUGCCUUAUGUCAAAGCAGAUUGCACUGAAGGACAUCCUGACUUCAAGAGAACGUUCCCCAUUUUAUAUUUAAUAAAGCAACAGUAGGGUUGGAAAGUGUAGCAGCAGAGGCAGCGUGUGCCAGGUUCAGGCAGAUGUUUGCAGGGGAGGCGGGGGCCUCGUCUGUCCCAGAGGAGUUGUGAUGCGGUCGAUCAAAACCAGCUCCAUCCAUUCUCCGGUAACUCUUGAGGCGUAACCUGCUUCCCUCUUUGAUCCGCUAUUCCUCUUUCAGUACAGCAUGAAAGUAAAGAAAUUGUUCGUUGUGAGGAAUGUCUUCAUCCAUUUCCCUGCAGUGUGAGCCCUGCGCUCCCAGGGCCGGGCUGCCCACACCGCACCGCUCGCCUUCGCAGCUUCACUUCCAGGCGCGACCGCUCCGAGUAACCGCACGGUCUCUCUCUCUGUGAACUGUGUUUUUAGAAACGUGGGCUGUUUUAAUGACUUUUGAUAACAUCUUUCUCUGGUUCGUUACUGCCGGGAGCCCUCUGCCCCUCGCUUCGGACCCAUCAGGGCUGCGGGGCCCUGGCGAGAGGUUUUCCCUCUGUUCUUGUUUUCAGGGAUGCACUAAUUAAUUUGUUUACAUCUCCAGCUCCCAGAAAGGAUCUCUCCCUCUCCCCAGUUGCGUGUUUGUAGCAGGAGCUAGUGUUACCACUUCCAGACCUGAGGAAAGAAAAAAAAAAAGGGGGGGCGCUGUUGAGGUAUCUUCAUAAUAAAGUUAGACAUCUCUCGUUCUGUC